CUGGUGGAAGAGGAAGGUUUUGACUUUGAUGUUUGUGGGAAUAUUUUUUGGAGGGUUGUUGUUUAUGCAGACAAGGUGGUACACUCAUGUUGUUGGGUUGGUUCCAUUGAAUCACCAUCAAUUCCUUGUUUCUCAGCCUCAUGUUCAGAGCCCCAAGAUUGCAUUUCUCUUUAUUGCACGAAAUAGGCUUCCUUUGGAGAUGGUUUGGGAUGCAUUCUUUCGGGGGGGUGAUAGCAAAUUCUCUAUUUUUGUCCACUCGAGGCCGGGGUUUCUGUUCAACCAGGCAACAACUAGAUCUACAUAUUUUUUGAAUCGUCAAGUCAAUGAUAGCACACAGGUAGACUGGGGAGAAGCAAGCAUGAUAGAGGCCGAGCGCAUUUUGCUUAGACAUGCACUUGAUGAUCCUCUAAAUGACCGUUUUGUUUUUCUCUCAGAUAGCUGUAUACCUUUGUACAACUUCAGCUACACUUAUGAUUACAUCAUGUCAACAUCAACUAGUUUUGUCGACAGCUUUGCCGACACAAAAGAAGGCCGUUACAAUCCAAAAAUGCAUCCUGUUAUCCCAGUUCAUAACUGGAGGAAAGGAUCUCAGUGGGUUGUUCUGACAAGAAAGCAUGCUAGGAUUGUAGUGGAUGAUGAAACGGUCUUGCCAAUGUUUCAACAGUACUGCAAGAAAAAGCCACUACCAGAAUUUUGGAGGGAACAACACAUUCCUGCUGACACAUCAAAGUUGCAUAACUGUAUACCAGAUGAACACUAUGUCCAGACAUUAUUGGCUCAAAAAGACCUAGAAGGAGAAUUGACAAGGAGAUCACUGACACAUACUUCCUGGGAUCUUUCGAGCUCCAGGGAACGUGAACGCCGGGGAUGGCAUCCGGUGACUUACAAGUUCUCGGAUGCUACACCUAUGCUUGUAAAAUUUAUAAAGGAAAUAGAUAAUAUUUAUUAUGAGACUGAAUACCGAAGAGAAUGGUGCAGCAGCAAGGCUAAACCAUCCACUUGCUUCCUUUUCGCGAGGAAAUUUACCCGGCCGGCCGCGAUACGGCUUCUUAACAUGUCUGUUCUGGAAUACUUAAAUUAAGAGAACAAAAAGGCUCAAUAAUAAUUAUAUCAGAGGUUGGUAGAAGCACAAAGGAGAAAAAAUUUACUUGGUAAAGAAAUAAGGUUGGGGGAAUGAAAAUAAAGCAGAAGCAGCUGAAAAUGAUUGAUGACCAUUCUGAUCAUAUUGUACAAUGAAUUUUGUAUACCUUAGAAAUUGUGGCUGUGUGUGAAAAUAUUGUACUACAUUCUUUUAUUGGCAGAGUUGAUGUACAAUGUUUGAGAUAUGCUCUUAGUAAUUAGUAUAGUGAAAUGAAAAAAGGGUGAAGAGAAAAUUGAGUUAUGUAUACCUGCAUGAAAUUAAUGAUUUUGGUCCUCCAUAUUCCACAUA